GAGGCGCCAAUCGCGACGAGGGGCGGGGCUUGCGGCGGGGCCGGAGCGGCGCGGCGCGAUGGAGCGGGGCCGGGCGCUGGGCCUGGGGCUGCUGCUGGGGGUCCUCGUUGGGGCGGCGAGCGGGCUCCAUUCCCUGCGCUACUUCUAUGUUGGGGUGUCGGAGCCCAGCCCGGGGUUACCCCAUUUCACGAUCGUGGAAUACAUGGACCAGAACCCCUUUGCACGCUACGACAGCGAGAUGGGGCACGUGGAGCCCAAGGCGCACUGGAUAGCGGCCAACAUGGAUCAGCAGUUCUGGGAGAGCCGGACCAAGACCGCCCAGCGCUAUGAGCAGAAGCACCGGGUGUACCUGGACAUCCUGUGGCGCCGCUACAACCAGAGCGGGGGGACUCACACGUGGCAGCGCAUGGCCGGCUGUGACCUCCUGGAGGACGGUAGCACCAGGGGGUUUUAUCAGGAAGCCUACGACGGGAGGGACUUCAUUGCCUUCGACAUGAACACGAUGACGUUCACCGCAGCGGACGUGGGGGCCCAGAUUAUCAAGAGGAAGUGGGAGGAGGACGGGACUGUUGCUGAGCGGCACAAGCACUACCUAGAGAACGACUGCAUCGAGGCGCUGAGGAAGUACGUGAGCUACGGACGGGCCGUGCUGGAGAGGAAAGAGCCCCCCACGGUCCGAGUGUCGGGGAAGGAGGCCCAGGGGAUCCUGACCCUGCACUGCCGCGCUUACGGCUUCUACCCGCGGCCCAUCGCCAUCAGCUGGCUGAAGGACGGCGAGGUCAGGGACGCGGAGACCGAGUGGGGCAGCGUCGCGCCCAACAGCGACGGCACCUACUACACCUGGGCCUCUAUUGAGGCGCGCCCGGAGGACAAGGACAAGUACCGGUGCCGCGUGGAACACGCCAGCCUGCUGGAGCCCGGCCUCUUUGCGUGGGAGCCGGAGUCCAAACUGCUCACCAUCGUGCUGGCGGUGGCUCUUGCCAUCGGGGCUGUCGCCGCCGUCAUCGCUGGAUUCAUCAUCUGGAAGUGGAAAUCAGAGAAGAAUAAGAAGGGCUACGACAAGGCGCCAAGCACGGACGGGGGCUCUGGCAGCGCGGCCUCAGGGAUGCCCAUCUGACCGCUUGACGAGGGGCUGGCACAUGGCUGGAUGCGGCCCCCUGCCCGCUCCCGGCCUGGGCGCAGAGGGCUGCUGGAGGAGGCUGGGAGCUGCCUGCAGAGAGAGUUUGUCCUGCUGAGCCUGUCCACUGCUGGCCACUCUUGUGGCUCUUCUAUGUGUGCGCUUAUUUAUUUGUAUUGAAAUAUGUGCAUGAUGUGUUUAUAAUAGUGGUGUAUAAUAUUUUGUAUUAUGUGUUUUGGGUUUGUGGUUUUUUUUAAUACCGAGUUUGUAAUUGAUUUCUUCUGUUUCUCACUCACCCCCACCAUUGAACAGACGGGGGUUGAUCCAAGAGGUUGAGUGGGACACAACCAGGCAGAUGACCCAAACUAAGGAGACAGAUUCCAGGCUGUAUGAUGUGGUGCUUUAGGAUAAAAACGGAAAAGAGGCAGUUGAGGGAGACCGGCCAGCAUUUCUUCAGGACCUCUCUGGGUGUUGAUGUCCCUGUGGUGGAGGUGGUGAGCUCUGAGGCCACGCAGACGGGCGCGGAGAUGAGCAUCUUCUGGUUUGAGGUCAGGCAACUGUCACUGUGACUAAAUGAGGCACUUAAGUCUCAAGUAAAGUGGUUGCUCUUGUAGUGAAGGAGCCACAGUGGAAGCGGAGGCUGUCUUGGCCAAUAAAAGAAGCAGCAGCUCCUCCUGAGAUGGGGCAGAGGCAGGAACGACCCAGUCCCUAUCCCUGACCUGGCUGUGAUAGAGGGAAUGGUUUUGUCCAUCAGCCAGGCGAAGACGUUUGCUCCGUGGUUGCCCCGAUGCCAGGAUAGUGGGGCUGCCAGGCUGGAACUAGGAGGCAGGGCAGGCCAGCAGCUGGGAUCCAUUGCUAGGGACUGUGGGAUUGACGGAUCGGAAGAGGGGCAGCCACCAGCCGCCUCUGGACGUGGCUCUUCUUGAGCGUGAAGGCAAAGUAUCCUGUCAAGGAAGAUCUUGUAACCGAGCGAGGCAAGUGAUCGGCCAGAGAGGAAUGUGUCCAGUACCUGAGGGCAUUGGUGGUGGUGUCGGUGGUCUACAGUGACCUGGACAAUAAUGGGCCUGCAAAGAUGGGGCUGGCACCCAGCGCCCAUGGUCGGUAUGGCGGAUGUUUGUACGGAGCACACCGAUGAGCGCCAGCAGUCCGGUGGUGGCAGAUUGGGCAGACAUUGAGGCACCGAGUGUCCUUUGACUGGUCUGCCAAUGCCAGCAUUUCAAGGAGAACCUGCGUGGUUCUCUCUGUGUGACCGUGAGGAGGACACGAGGAUCUGGGACAGUGCACCUCCCUCGGUACUGGAAGCCCCAGAAUUGCAGAGAGAAGAGUGGCUGGAAAGGGACCAUCCAGGAAGACGGCUGCUGCGGUUUUCUUCGAGCAGUUCCCCAGGCGCAGUAGAUGGGCUGAGGAUGCAUCUGCUCCUUCUGAUCCUGAUCCAGUGGUUGUAUGUCCACGUGGGGUCGAACCCCACACCCAGCACCAUGGCAAGGCUGUGCCCGACCACAGCAGGACCGUAACGGUGACUAGUCCUUGCAACAUAGUCUGGGCAAGAGAGACACGGGCUCCUCUGAGGGUGAAAAGGCUUCUGGUUUGCAGUUACAGGAGUCGGGUAAGGAAUGCUCUGGUCAGGACGAGGGGCCCUGCCCCCGCCGGACAGGGAAAAGGGACAAGCGGAUUUCAUGGCCUGGCACGUGAGACCCAUGGAAGUAUAAGGCUGUGGUGGACACCAGUGUACAGUGACCCCUAAUGGCAUUGGGGUACCAGGGGAGAGGACACACAGCUGGAUUUGCAGCGUGACAUGGGAUCCCCCAGUUGCUGAGGUGGGAGCCGAGGGGAGCCCAGCGGGAAACGGGUGGGAGAAGCGGCCGGUGUGAGGCUCCGUGUAUCCUUGGCAUUGACUUGGAAGUAAGAUACUUCAGGGAAGUAAAGAUACUGCAAGGAUCUGAAGAGGCACUGGUGGGCUGCUGUAGAUCAUAGAGUCAUAGGAUAUCUGAGUUGGAAGGGAUCCGCAAGGAUCUCUGAGUCCAGCUCCUGUCCCAGCACAGGAAAACCCUAAAAUUCACACCGUGUCUCUGAGGGUGUUGUCCAAGUGCUUCUUGUAUGUUGUCAGGCUUGGUGCCGUGACUGCCUUCCUGGGCCGCCUGUUCCUGGGGACCGCAAUGAGUUCUCCCCUCGGCCUCCUCUUCUCCAGGCUGAACAAACCAAGCGACUGUCAUGGUUUUAGCUGGGACAGAGGUAAUUUUCUUCACUGCAACUGUGUGAAGUGCUUUGCUUUGGAGUUAGUAUGAAAAGAACGUUGAUAACACCGAUGUUUUGGCAGUUGCUGGGUAGUGCUUGUACUAGUCAAGGACUUUUCCAGCUCCCCAUGCUGUGCCGGGGGCACAAGGAGCCGGGAGGGGAGGGGGCACAGCCAAGAGAGCGGAUUCACACUGCCCAAAGGGAUAUUCCAUAUCAUGUAACGUCAUGCCCAGUAUGUUAACUGGGAGGAACUGGCCGGGGGAGGGAGGCAGCGAUCGCGGCUCGGGGACGGGCAGCGUUGGUCGGUGGGUGGUGACCAGUUGUGUCGUUUGUGUUUCUGGUUUUUUCCCUUUUCCUUUUUAUUUUAUUAUAAUUACUUUUAUUAUUAUCCUAAUCAUUAUUAUAAUUAUUAUUUUUAUUGUAAUUAUUAAAUUGUUCUUAUCUC